UUACCUUUCAACUGUUUAUUUCCAACGGGCAAGUAGAAAUACACACACAUAAAGAAGGAGAAGGAGUGUAUCGAUUUGAGACGGUCGGUCGAUGGGGCUAACAAAUAUAAAUGGAUAAACGGAAUCUAUUGUUGGACGUUUGCUACGAUUUCUCCGUAAACUAUUAUUUGGGAGUAGAGACACUUUUCACAGGUGAACUUUCUCCAAAUACCGGUCGUUACUGGUGACAAGUACUUUUGUCUUUGGAUGAACCCAUCUCCAAUUUUUCGGAAUCGAACACCAAAUUUCAGUGAUAAAAAUCACUGAUCAUCAGGGUCAUUCCAAUCAAGGUCUAGUAUCACCAAUAAUUGAAGACCCUUGGGAUUCAUUUACUAUUAACUUUCUCAUCGAUAGGAAAUUAGAACGACGAAUGGGUGAUGAAUUUUUCGGAUAAACGAGUCGCGAUGGAAAACAUUUACACGUGUUUAUGUGCGUGACUAUGUACAGGGAGGACCCUCACUAGAGCGUAACAGGCUUACCAACUCUGACAACCAAAGUAUUAUAUCGGGCCAACACCAACAAAGUAUUAUAUAUGUUGGAUUGGUUUUCUGCAGGAAUAUAAUAGAUUCCCCUCCGCCUCACCUCCUACAUUCAGUCAUCGCCAGUUCAUCGUUGAUGCAAUUCAAUAUUUCAUUUCGACACUCGAUUUCACAAUGAGCAUGUGAUUUUUAAGGGGCACAUCGGCGAAAGCCCCUUUGACACUGGAUCCUGGGGAAAGGAACACUUCCAGCCAACCACGGCGCCCUGGCAGCUGAAUCCACGCAGCCACGCACGACCUAGUGACGAUGGCAUAAUGGAUCAUGAGACGGACGGAGACGGAGCGAUCAACUUGUCAACGUCUCAGCGACCCUCCGCCUCUACAACCCCGAAUGGUGAUGGUCCAGUCUACGGCCAAGAUCAACAAGACAACGAUCAGGCAACAACACUGUACGCAGCCCUGAAACAACAGCAAUCUCGUGACUUGGCUUGGGAGCGCGAGAGAGAAAAGGAUAAGGGGCAACAAACACGGAUAAGAGAACGAGGGGGUGGAGGUGGUGGUGGUGGCUCUGAGGGAGCCGAUCAGUCAGAUAUCACAAUCGAGUAUAGAAGCAAUGGGAAGCUCAGUCCCGCUGGGCAGCAUACAGUGACAGCAGCACCCAUGACCCAGCAAAAGCAGCCGAUAAUUGCCCAACAGUCACAGCAACCCAGUUCAGGGACACCGGGCUCCCAGCCUAGUCCCCAUCAAAGUCCCCAGGCACCUCAAAGGGCAUCACCCACAAAUUCAAUUCAGGGGCCAUUACAGCCAGGUGGCCCACCUGGUGGUCCACCCAUUCAGAAUUCCACCCAGAUGAUGCUCAGCCCAGCGAGCGGAAUUCAUCAGAUGCAACAACUACUUCAGCAGCAGACUUGGAGUCCAACUCAGCUGCAAUCCAUCAUGCAGCAUACGUUGUAUUUGCAACAACAACAGCAACAGCAGCAUCAUCAGCAUCAACAUCAAUUAGCGGAAUUGGGAAGGAAACAGUUGGAGCAGAAUAUGCAGCAGCUCCAAGAGCAGCUGCAGUUGAACCUCAUUCAACAGACACAUCUCAUGCAGACUGCUGACAAGAAGAAAUCAUCUGUGCCACUUCAGCAACUAGGAAUCCAGCAGCAACAGAUUAUUCAACAGUUGCAGAUCACGCGAGGGCAGUACGGUCUGCUGCAGCAGGGGCUGAGUUUACAGGGGCACAAUCACUCGUCAGGCAAUUUACCCGGUGAGGCACUGCCAGGAUGGAAGUCCGAGUCUUCAGAAGGGGGGGAUAGUCAUCAGAAUUCAAGUAUACCAAAGUCAGCGGCUAGUUCCAAUGGUUUGAUGAAUUCAAUGGUGUUGAGUCGAAGAUCCGACGUGAAUGGCACAUCUGGUCUAGAUGAAAAACCAUUAGACGUCUCUUGCAAUGACAAAGGCAAUCCCCUAUACGGCCACGGGGUCUGCAAGUGGCCAAGUUGUGAAGUGCUCUGCGAAGACUAUCAAGCAUUCCGCAAACAUCUAAAUACAGAGCAUACGCUGGAUGACAGGUCGACGGCACAGGCGAGGGUACAGUUGCAAGUUGUUACACAGUUGGAAAUUCAAUUGCAGAAGGAGAGGGAUAUAUUAGCGGCAAUGAUGCAUCAUCUGCAUGUUGCUAAACAAAUAGCUUCGCCUGAACCACCGAAAUCAUUAGAAUCAUCGCCGGGAUCGAGUUUACCGAAGCUGGGUUUAUCCUCUGGGCUAAUGAGUCAACCCCCUCCCAACUUCAGUGUCUCCCAGGUCUCGACAGUGUCGAUGUCAGCCCUAGUAUCAGCAGUGAGAUCACCAGCAGGUGGGCAAUUGCCUCCCUCAGGUGGUCCCAUGCCCCCAAUGCCAAAUAUGACGAAUCUACCGGGCAUGCCUCCGAUGCCCAACAUGCCCGGCAGCAUCACAAGCAUACCAGGAGCUCUUCCCAGCAUGGCUGGACCCAUUCGGAGAAGAAUCAGUGAUAAAUCCGCCCUCUCCCUCGCAGGAGGUUUGUAUGAGGAGGGGACUGUAAGGCGCAGGGUAUCCAUCGAUAGAUCUGGCAUAGAUAUUAAUGAAGAAAUUCAACGGAAUAGGGAGUUCUACAAGAAUGCAGACGUGAGACCACCGUUCACGUACGCCUCGUUAAUAAGACAGUCGAUAAUUGAAUCGCCGGACAAGCAGUUGACGCUCAACGAGAUUUACAACUGGUUCCAGAAUACAUUCUGCUACUUCCGGCGGAAUGCCGCAACAUGGAAGAACGCAGUGCGACACAACCUGUCUCUCCACAAAUGUUUCAUGCGAGUCGAAAACGUGAAAGGGGCAGUAUGGACAGUGGACGAAGUGGAGUUUUACAAGAGACGCCCUCAACGCGCUUGCAGCACGACUGGGGGAGUUCCAUCGAAGAGUCCGACACUAACGCACAGUCCUACGAUGUAUGGUGAAGCACUCAACGCCAAUCUCCAGUAUUUCCAGGCUGCAUUGGGUGAGUCGAACAUGGGAUUUCUGAAUAAUUCAAUGUGCACGUCAACUGCAACAAGUCCAGAUAAGGAACAUGUUAUGCAACAUAAUGAUUUAAUCAGGUCACCACUGGAUGAACCAGGAAUGCACAUAAAACAAGAGGGUCAAAGCCCGGAAGGAGGAAAACUCUCAAGAUUAAUAAAACGUGAGCUUCUAGAAGCUCAAACGGAGCACGACCACGACGACGAGGGUGUUGAUGAUCGAGAGUACCCAGAGAGUCACGGCCAGGACUCAGGCCAAGACGAGGACAUGGCCGAGGACCUCUCGAUGGCCCCUGACAUAAUGACGCCCGAUGAUCAGAUCGAAGCGUAGUACUCCACCUACUAGGCAACAUUACCCCACCCCCUCGUGUCCCCCGAGCCCGUGAAGUCGUUCUACUAGCCCCUUAGACACCUACCCCUACGUAAGGAUUUAAGGAAUUAAAAAAAAACGAAACAAAAGUCACUCACCAUAUCCAAAUAAAGAAUGUUGCAAUAUCGAAGUUUAAAAUUUACAAGUAAAAAGCGAUCAUGAAGACUUUAAGUGAAUUAGUAGAGAUUGUACUCAAAUCGAUGAAUUAGGGAGAAAAAUUAUAAACUCGAAUAAUUGAAGAUCCAUAUCUUUAUUCAAGGAUUAAAGAUAAAAAACUCAAAUGACAACGAUUUUGUAAUUUUUUCGCUUUAUUUUACGUUUUUGAAAUGAAAAAUCCUCAGUUUGUGUAUAUUUCGUAUAAUAGGCAAAAAAUUAUCUAUAAAUAUAUUAUACGUCUAGAUUAAACUCGUGAGAAGAGUUGAAUCACUGUAAAAAUAUUUUUGCGAAAAAGAAAAAUGAUAAGAAUUAAGUAGUAAAAAUCCAAUUGUAAUUUUCGAAAAAAUAUUUUCACUGUGACAUUUGCUCGAUAUGAGACUGGAUCCUUGGAUUAGGUUUCACGAAUCGAUGAAUUAAUGAGAGCUAUUCUAUCGAAUGAAUGAGAUUUUAUGGAUCCAGCUUGUGGGAGCAACAAUGUAGAUAUUUAAUAUACGAGAUAGUAGAGAUUGUAGAGAGAGCGAGAGUGAGGUGAAAAAAACGUGGUUCAGUCGAGUUCCCGGCAGUAUGUUUAGGAAUAAAUUACCGAGACGACUGGAUAGGGCACGUCAGAUGAAAUUAGUGGGAUGGAAUUCACGGGAAAAUUUAUUUUUAUUGAAAAUAACAUCACAAUUGACUUUUUUGGUAAUUUCAAUUAAAGGAGGUGUUUAGCUGUCCAUAUUUGGGUUUUUAUAAAAAACCAGAAAGUGAACAGAACAUUUUAAUUAUGAAGUGGUUUCGAGCAAAUGGAUUUGCCGAUUAUUUUGCAAAUAUCUCCCACAGAUGUGGGCAUAAAACGAUGGAUCAAGAGACCAUUUUGUUUAGAAAAUGAAAUUUUCUACAGAAAAGAUCUUUUGAUAUUCUGUUUCGAACCUACUUCUCAAGACUUCCGCAAACAAAUCUGUAGGAAAUUGCCCCCAAGAUGAAUGAGUUUAAGAGAGAUUAUCGAGAGAGCUUAUUUUGAAGAGAAUUGCUUUAGUUUCGCAAGAGCUCAAGUGGUCCAGAACGUGGAUUCACUGAUUAUGUUGCAAAUUUUAUAUAUUUACCUAGAAAUCUUUUUCAUAGAAAAUAAAAUUCAAUGUCGAAGAUCUGCUGACAUUUUUUCUUGAAUCGAAGUAGUUCAGAACAGAAUACUUUCCAGAAGAAAAGUUAAUGAAGAAUAAAAUUUUCUACAUAACAUACAUGCAUGAAAAAAUUCGGUAGAAAAUUCUGUUGGA